UACGCAACUUUACUGACGCUAUUUGUAGAACGUUCUCUCCAAUUAAUUUCCCUUAAACUUUUUAGGCGAGGAAGAAGGAGCGAUCGAUCGAUCUAUCCAUUGGCGAUGGCGGUGACGAAGAAGAGCGUGGGCGAUCUCACGGAAGCCGAUGUGAAGGGCAAGCGCGUGUUCUUGCGCGCCGAUCUCAAUGUCCCCCUCGACGCCGAGUUCAACAUCACGGAUGAUACGCGGCUGCGAGCGGCGGUGCCGACGAUCCAGUACCUCCGCCGCCUUGGAGCAAAGAUCAUCCUUGCAAGCCACCUGGGGCGACCCAAGGGAUACACCAAGAGCUGCUGCCUCGCCCCUCUCGUUGGACGCCUCUCAGAGCUUCUCGGGGUCAAGGUUGACCGCGCCGAUGACUCGGUGGGCACGGAGGUGGAGGCGAAGAUCGCGGCGCUCGACGAUGGCGGCGUGCUGCUGCUCGAGAAUCUGCGCUUCCAUCCCGAGGAGGAGAAGAACGAUGAGGAGCACGCCCGGAAGCUGGGAGCGCUGGCCGAUUUGUAUGUCAACGAUGCGUUUGGCACCGCGCACAGGGCUCACGCGUCCACGGAAGGGAUCACCAAGUACUUGAAGCCUUCUGUGGCUGGAUUUCUCAUGCAAAAGGAACUCGACUACUUGGUCGGGGCGAUCUCGAAUCCAAGGCGGCCCUUUGCUGCGAUCGUGGGUGGCUCCAAAGUCUCGUCCAAGAUCGGAGUUUUGGAGUCGCUGCUCGAGAAGUGCGACGUUUUGCUGCUGGGAGGAGGUAUGAUCUUCACUUUCUUCAAAGCCCAGGGGCUCUCCGUGGGCUCGUCGCUCGUCGAGGAGGACAAGCUCAUCCUCGCGACCAAGCUCAUGGAGAAAGCCAAGCUCAAGGGUGUCACUCUGCUGCUUCCGACCGACGUGGUCGUGGCCGAUAAGUUUGCACCAGAUGCCAGCAGCAAGAUUGUGUCUGCUUCGGCAAUUCCCGAUGGAUGGAUGGGCCUUGACAUCGGACCAGACUCCAUCAAGGCGUUUAGCCAGGCUUUGAACUCCACAAACACGAUCAUCUGGAAUGGUCCCAUGGGAGUGUUCGAGUUUAAGAACUUCGCGGUUGGAACCGAGGCCAUCGCGGCAAAGCUCGCGGAGUUGAGCGACAAGGGGGUGACGACGAUCAUCGGCGGCGGGGACUCCGUGGCGGCGGUGGAGAAAGCGGGCGUGGCGGAUCGAAUGAGCCACAUAUCGACCGGAGGUGGCGCGAGCUUGGAGCUGCUCGAAGGGAGGAUACUUCCCGGCGUGGCUGCGCUGGACGAUGCGUGAGAUAUUUCAGUGGAAAUCAUUCUUUGUCUUGUUCUGCUCAAGAACUUGUCAAGAACUUGAUGAGCGUUUGUCAAUCUCGAAGAAGGGAAGCAACAUUCUCUCGAAAGAA